AUGAGCCGCAAGACACGGCAGGCCCCUCUGACGCCGCUGAGUGCCGCGGCCGCCGGCUGCCGCGCCAUCUCGCUGGAGACCCUGCACCGGCGCCUGCAGAACCCCAAGCGGCGCAUCAAGAAACGGCCGCUGGACGGCAACCCGCAGAUGAAGGGCGUCGUACUCAAGACGCUCAUCAAGAAGCCCAAGAAGCCCAACUCUGCGAACCGGCGCUGCUGCCUGGUGCGACUCAGCAACGGCAAGGAGAUGAUCGCCUACAUCCCGGGCGAGGGCCACAACCUGCAGGAGCACAACAUCGUCCUGGUGCGCGUCGGCCGGCUCCGGGACGUUCCCGGCGUCAAAAUCAAGUGCAUCCGCGGCAAGUACGACCUCUCGCACGUCGUCAAGAAGUCAAAUGCGUGA